UUUCUUUACAACGUUCAGUGGCUUAAAGGCACUUCCUUUGUAGACCUCUCCCCCGCCAGCCGAGGCUCUCUAUACCGAUUUGUCGAACGAAUCGGGUCUAUAUAGCGAGUCAACCCCAGCCACGACCGAUCAAUCCUCUCCCAAGCAAGCAGGAAUCAAAUCGGACGCCCUGGGCCAACAACGAGUCAACAUUCCAUUCACAGCAGGCCAGGAAGUAACCGCCAACCUUUCGGGCGGCGAAGAAGCCACUUGUCAAACCCAGGCACCAAGCCUUACCAGUUCGUCGCCACGCACGGAUCCAGCGACCCCUAUUACCCCCCGUACACCAGCUUCUCGACCUUCAUCACCGCUGAAAAUUCCCGACAUGGCCUCUUUAUCCAAUCUGACGCUUCAUUCGCCAUCAGCUCAGAUUAUUGGCACCCCCUUUGCUACGAACAACGCGCCCUUCGAAUAUCCUUUCCCAGUCACCCCGUCCGCGACUUCGACGAAUUGCUCGUCCCCUGUACCAGUGUCUGCCUUCCGACCACCUUCCCCCGGUUUCCCUCCCCCCUUCCCAACAUUCGCCACCUCGUCGUGCACCCUCUCAGACCCAACCAACACACUGGCACUGUCGCUGUCCAUGGCUAUCCCCACGGAGCUGCCAAAUCCCCAAUUACCGAUCAACCACCCUAAAAUGCGAAUGACGCCCCCACCCAUUCCACCAGGGUUGAUGAAGAGGAGGAAAGAGAAACUCCAAAUGCGCCGCGGCAGUGGAGAGUUCGUCCGUCCACACCUCGAUGUCCUCCAACAUUCGGCGAGCGACAGCGAUCUCAAGGCUAAAGCCACCCGACCACCGUCCGGCCUAGACGUUGGUAUGCGUCUUGCUUCGUCGUGAAGCUGGCUAUGAAAUGUUUGUCGACGACUUUCCGACGAUCUUUCAUCAAAAUCUCUCCCUCUUUUUCUUGCUGGGUCUUAUGUAUCAUACAAUUGCUUGCUUGGGUUUUUUGGGUCGGUCUUGG